GCAGAAAGAAAAUCUACUAAAAUCAAUUGAGUUGAUUUUAAAUCACGAAUUUAGUCAACAUGGGCACGGUUUUAAGUUUUAAUCCACGGGAUAGACAUCCUAUAUAUUCGUCACAGCCCAAUUUUCCAUACAAUCAAUCCGCCGAGAAUCAGGCGGAGAAAAUCAACGAUACAGCGGGAUCAAUUGAUUCGCAUUUGAAUAAUUUCUCCUAUGAGCAGCUGAACAAUGCGAAAAACCGUGAGAAUAAGAAAUCGGGGAUUUCGCAUCAAAUCUCCAGAAAUCCAAAUUCAGGCAUGCAAUUUAAUAUGCAUACGCAAAUCAAUUCGCACAACUUUAAUAAUCUAACAGUUACGUCAAAAGAUACGAUUAACAAUGAUUUGGACUCGCAUAACGAGAAUUCGAUUGUCAUCUCCGAGAAGAGUUCGAUUGAGAAGAGUUUGAAAAAGCAUUCGCUAUUUAUUAAUGCGCUCUCCUGGAAAAAACUAUCCACAUCGCAUAACAAGAAGAAAGUAGAGAAUAAAAAUAAAUGCGCCAAUAUUCCGUCGGCCUGCUUUAAGGCCCAAUUACUGGAGGCAUCGUAUCCCUCCUCGGCAGCUGAUAAAAAUAAGAAUAUUCAACUCCACUGUAACCACAUCGAGGAGCAUCAGCAUCAGCAUCAACAACAGCAUCAAAAUCAACAACAACAUCACUGCAAUCAAAAUCAGGUCAUCAGGGAACUGCCAUUCUUUCCAUCGACCAAAACACAAAAGCCAUCAACAGCUAAGGAAUUGGGACGCGUUAACAACACCAAUUCCAUUACCAACCACAACAAACUGAUCCAAAAGCAGCCUUUAACAUUGACACUGCCCCAGCAGUUACAGGCUUCUUCGAUACAAAUUAAGAACACCAAUCAAAAUCACAUUCCACGCAAAACCGUUAUUCAGGCUUCGACUUCGGAGCUACUUAAAUGCCUAGGCAUGUUCUUGCAUUAUCGAUGCCAUCGGUUAAACAAUUUCGACCCUGGAGAUGCUGUCAUGUGGCUAAGAGCCGUCGAUCGUAGCCUCCUCUUGCAAGGCUGGCAGGAUGUGGCAUUCAUAAAUCCAGCAAAUGUUGUAUUCGUCUACAUGUUAGUUCGUGAACUUGUCAGCGGAGAGGAAACAAAGGAAUCUGAUCUUCAGGCAUCUGUUCUUACUUGUUUGUAUUUGUCAUAUUCAUACAUGGGUAACGAGAUUAGUUAUCCCCUCAAGCCAUUUCUAGUUGAAGACUCCAAAGAGAACUUUUGGGACAGAUGCCUCGUGAUCGUGAACCGAUUGAGUAAUAAAAUGCUGAAAAUAAAUGCAGAGCCAGCUUUCUUCACAGAAGUAUUCACUGAACUAAAAUCAUGCGGUCAAUUUCAAGCCAACUCGAAUAGAAGAUCAUCGUGUGGAGGCGCCUGACGGAAAGAUAACCGACAGGUUGUAGUCCGACUCUCAUUGUCUACACAUCAGCAGACUUUUCCAGAUCAAAUAAAAAAAAAAUAGUGCUAAAAUGAAAUGAAAACCAAAAUUAAACACUUCGUAAAUCAUUAGAAAAUUUCUUUAUGUCACCAUCACACUUGUUCAAAUAAAAAUGUAAAGAUAUUAAAGACAUUGUGCAAAUUGGAGAAAAACAAAAAAAAAACUAAAAACAAAAAAUAAUUAUAAAGUGUAAUGGCGUUGUGUUCUCUAUUUAAAUGGAAUGCAACAUACUCGUAAUGUUCAAUAAAUUGAAUAAACUCUCAA